GGAGCUUCCCCUCCCCUUUCUAACUGGUGCUGCCCUUCGCACGGUGCUGGUAAUUCGCAGACGAUCCCUUGGCUCGCCGAGUUGGUUUGUUGUGGUGCCACGGUGUGCUUUUACAGCCGGGCGAGGCAGACCAGGCUCCUUGGAGAGGCGUAGCCGGCGUAGGUGCAGCGGGCCUGGAAAGGGCGCUGCCCCCCAAAAGCCAGAAAAAGUGUCCCAGCGCGCAGUCAGCCAUUUGAAGAUGGUCCCUCGGUAGCCGCCGUUGGAUGGAGCGAACCCCCGAGGUCUGAGCUGUCCUCCUGCAGACUGACUACUCCACAAUGGCAAGAAUUGACCCUGGCAUCUGGAACCAAGCCUGAAUUGGGGAAUGACUCUUCUUGGGAAGCCAAAACCAAGUGAAGCUGCCCCUAUAAUUUCUCACUUCACAGGGAAGUAGUGUUUGACACAGCAGAACUCCCUGGGAGACCACUGAUUUAACAGAUGGACAACAUGAUCAUGACCACACCUUCAUCAGGAGACAGGAGUUCCAUCUCUCUGAACGUUCUCACAUAUCUGGAUGCUCUGACCAACAGUACAGAGGAGCAAUGCUUCAGCGCCCGCUCCCACAGCACUGUCUUACAAGGGCUGCCAUUUGGUGGUGUGCCCACAGUACUUGCUCUCAACUUCAUCCUUUGGAUGGUACUUCUCUUCAUCUUCUCCUGCCUUCGGAAAGCAGCUUGGGACUAUGGACGCCUAGCCUUGCUGAUGGAUAAUGACAGCCGUUUGCCUCCAAGCACAUGGAACUCCUACGACCUGACAUCUCUCUUCUAUGGAGAACAAAGUGAAAAAGAAAAGUCCCCAUCUGAGACCAGCCCUUUGGAUGCUGACAACAAAGAUGUGGGAUUCUGCUCCUGGCUUCUUUCAAUUUACCAGAUGAAAGAUGAAGAAAUUCAAAGCAAGUGUGGAGUUGAUGCCACAACCUACCUCUCCUUCCAACGGCAUCUGUUGGUGUUGCUCUUGAUCAUCUGUGUGCUGUCUGUGGCUGUCAUCCUUCCCGUCAACUUCUCUGGUGAUCUCCUUGGAAAAAAUCCAGCUAAUUUUGGCCGAACCACAAUUGCAAAUGUUCCCAAAGAUGACCGUCUCUUGUGGCUGCACAGUAUCUUUGCUCUCCUCUAUUUCAUCAUCACUGUUCUCUGCAUGACUCAUCAUUCCAUCCAACUAGAGUAUAAGGAAAAUGAAAAGCUGGCCCGGACAUUGAUGGUUACCAGGAUUCCCAAAGAGAUCACAGAUACAUCUCUUGUUAUCAAACACUUCCAUGAGGCUUAUCCAAGCUGCACAGUGACUGGUGUCCAAUUUUGCUCUGAUGUUCGCAGAUUGAUGAAGCUGGAUUCGGAGAGGCGCAAGGCAAUGAAAGGGAGGCUUUACUUCACAACCAAGGCUCAAAAGGAGGGGAAAAUUAUGAUCAAAAUCCAUCCGUGUUCCCGAAUCUUCUGCUGCCGUAUAUGUGGCUUUGAAGAGGUGGAUGCUGAGCAGUACUAUGGGGAGCUAGAGGAGAAACUGACAGACGAGUUCAAUGCUGAGCGCAGCCGGAUUGCUCUCAAGCGCCUUGACAUGGCUUUCGUCACAUUCCAGGAUGAAAGGAUGACAGCCACUAUUUUGAAGGAUUACAGCCGCAUCCGCUGCCACAAGCAUCCGCAACAGUCAUCUGUUACAACAGUGGUGAAGUCCCAUUGCUGGGGUGUCAGCUAUGCCCCUGCGCCCAAUGACAUCAUCUGGGAGAAUUUAUCUGUUGGUGGUGCUUUGUGGUGGGUGCGAUUUAUCCUGCUCAACAUCUGCCUCUUUAUCCUCCUCUUCUUCCUUACUACACCUGCCAUCAUUGUGAACACCAUGGACAUGUUCAACGUUACCCGACCUGUGGAGAGCCUCAAGAACCCUAUUGUGACCCAGUUCUUCCCCACACUGCUGCUCUGGGCUUUUUCUGUGUUUCUGCCUUUCAUCGUGUACUACUCAGCUUUCUUGGAGUCACAUUGGACAAGGUCAAAUGAAAAUCAGCUCACAAUGCACAAGUGUUAUUUCUUUCUGGUAUUUAUGGUUAUCAUCUUGCCUUCACUUGGACUGACCAGUUUGGAUCUUUUCUUUCGCUGGUUAUUUGACACCCACUUUGUGGAUCAAGCAGAGCUAAAAUUUCAGUGUGUUUUUCUCCCUGAUAAUGGUGCUUUCUUUGUCAACUACGUUGUCACUUCCAGCCUGACUGGGACAGCCAUGGAGCUAUUGCGCAUCCCUGGACUCAUCGUCUAUGCCACGCGACUCUGCUUUGCCAAGUCCGAACCUGAACGGCUGCACAUCAAGCGGAAUCAAGCCUAUGAGUUCCAGUUUGGAUUGGAGUAUGCCUGGACCUGUUGCAUAUUUGCUGUGGUGAUGACCUAUAGCAUCACCUGCCCCAUUAUUGUCCCCUUUG